AUGAGCAGUAGUACAUUGUCGAGCAAGCGAUUUUCGGAUCUGAAGCCGCCCCUUCAUCCGACUCUGUUGAAAAUUCUAGCGGAAGUUGAGAAGUUUGAGUUCAUGACAACAGUCCAAGAAUACACGAUCCCAAUCUUUCUGCAAAACAAAGAUGUGAUGUGCGAAGCCGUCACUGGCUCGGGAAAGACGCUGGCCUUCCUUUUGCCCGCGCUGCACAAAAUGAUCUCUUCCGGGGCAAAGGACAAGAUCUCGUUCAUCGUUAUUUCUCCGACCAGAGAGCUCGCUAAUCAAACUCACACAGUUUUGCUGCGAUUUCUCGAUGUUCUUGAAAAGUACACGGCGAUGACCUGCAUCGGCGGAGUAACAAAGAUCCAGGAAGACAUGGAAAUGCUGGAGAAGUCGACUCCGGAUGUGAUCAUCGCGACUCCGGGAAGAAUGGACGAUUUGAUUAAACGCUCCGAUGUGCUCAAGGCGAAGCUGAAGACUGUGGAGAUGUUGAUUAUCGACGAAGCGGACCAGAUUUUGGACAUUGGUUUCGAAAAAGCGAUCAAUUUCAUUUUGUCAAAUCUUCCAAAACAGCGGCGAACCGGUCUAUUCUCCGCGACGCUGAACGAAAACGUCCUCCGUCUGAAAAAGGCUGGUCUGCGUCAUCCCCACUCCGUCUCGGUCAAAGAAAAAGCGCGAGAGAACCUGUCCACGCCUCAAGAACUCAAACUGCUCUUCUCUGUCGUCGAGCCGCGCCACAAACUCAGUUAUCUCGUUUCGUUGUUGAAAAAGCGGCGAAAGUCGAAGAGCGUCGUUUAUUUUCUCACUUCCGACCAGGUCGACUAUUUCCACCAAGUUCUGAGGCAGCUGGUCAACUAUCCAGUGAUCAAGUGCCACGGGAAGAAGAACCAGAAAUUGAGGUCGAAAGCGAUCAAGGAAUUUACCGACAGAUCUGGCGGAGCUGUUCUAGUUACGACGGAUCUGCUCUGCCGCGGCGUCGAUAUUUCCGGCGGCGUGGACUACGUCAUCCAGUUCGAUCCUCCUACCUUUGCUCCAAACUUCGUCCAUCGCGCUGGCAGGACCGCUCGCGCUGGAAAAAGUGGAGAAAACCUGAUGUUGGAACUGGAGAAGGUCAGAGAGAUCCAGUUGAAGGACAAGAGGAACUUUGAAUACGCGCAGAGGGCGUUUCCGAGCUUUGUUUGUGCUUACAAAGCGCACGAGUGCAAAUACAUCUUCCGCGAAAAAGAGCUGAUCAAAAGUAUCGGUGAUUAUGCGCACAUGUUCGGUCUUUUGAAAAUGCCAAAAAUGGCCGAGCUGAAGAACAAGGAGUACACUGGCUUUACCAACAGCGACGUUGAUAUAGCUACACUUGAGUACAAAGACAAAAGCGUACGAGUGCAGCGAGCAAUGAAGGAAGAAGAGCGACUAGAAAAGCGAAAUAAAGAAGUAGAGCGAAAAAAGCGCGAAAAGAACAAAGCUUGGAGCGAGCAAAAAGCGGCGAAAAACAAAAAGGCGGAAAAGAGGGCCAGAAAGGCGAAGAAGCAGGAAUUGAUUGCGGCGGAUUUCGAAAAGGACUUGAAGGAACUCAACGAAGACUACAGCGUUAUGAAGAAGAGGAAAAAGGGGCUCAUUACGGAAGAAGAGCUGGAGGACAAACUUUGCGCCUGA